GAUUAAUUAACACUUUCUCUGUGUUAGGUUUUCCUUAUCUCGAUGCCACUUCUACUCCAAUAAUUUUGAAGUUAUAUAUUUUUCUAGCUCCCCCCAAAAAACUAGAUGUGCUUUCACUUUCAAUUCUUCAUUGUAGAAUUAAGCUGAUCGGUGCCAUGGAACUUCCCUUCUGGAAAAACUUCAUUAAUACUGCUCAAAAAACACCAAGAUUAUUCAUAAUUAUAGCUUUAACAUUAAUCAUUUUAGGUUUUAUCCCUCUUUACCACCCUUCUUAUGUCACAUAUAUAGUAAACCAUCAUCUGCUCCAUGCAAAAUGUGAUAUUUUUCGUGGAAAGUGGGUUCCGAAUCCUGAUGCUCCAUAUUACACGAACACGACGUGUUUGGAGAUCUACGAUUUCCAAAAUUGCAUGAAACAUGGAAGGCCUGAUACUGAGUUCAUGAAAUGGAGAUGGAAGCCCAAAGGAUGUGAGUUGCCUAUCUUCAACCCUCAUCAGUUCUUGAAUAUGAUGAGGAACAAGUCAUUGGCAUUUGUUGGAGAUUCAGUGGGAAGAAACCAAAUGCAAUCCUUAAUGUGCCUCUUAUCCCAGGUAGUACAUCCAAUCUAUAUCUCUCCCACUCCUGAUGUCAAGUUCAAAAGGUGGAAAUAUACAUCAUACAACUUUACCAUCGCAACAUUUUGGUCACCACUCUUGGUUAAAACAAACUUGGAUGGUCAUAGGGACAGCGAAGUCUUCAACAUUUAUCUUGACCAAGUUGAUGAGAAUUGGACAAGCCAAAUCAAUGAGUUCAACUAUAUCAUCCUUAAUGCUGGCCACUGGUUUAAUCGAUUAUACUAUAAGAAAAAUCAAGUAGUUGGCUGCUGGCGAUGUUCACUAAAAAAUGUUACUGAAUUCCCAGUUCAUUAUGCGUACACGAUGGCAUUUAGGGCAGCUUUAAAAGCCAUCAACAGUUUAGAGAAAUUUAAGGGUACAACUUUUGUUAGGACUUUUGCACCUGCUCAUUUUGAAGGUGGAGAAUGGUAUACAGGUGGGGAUUGUUUGAGGAAAAGGCCAUUUACAAGCAAUGAAAUAGUUUUGGAGGGUUUGAAUUUGGAGUUUUAUAAGUCACAAGUGGAAGAAUUUUGGGUUGCUGAGAAGGAAGGGAAGAUAAAGGGGAAGAAGUUUAGAUUGUUGGAUGUAACACAAGCCAUGUUGUUGAGACCAGAUGGUCAUCCAAGUAGAUAUGGGCAUCUGCAGCCUGAGAAAGUGAAGAACAAAGACUGUGUGCAUUGGUGUUUGCCUGGUCCUAUUGAUUCUUGGAAUGAUUUCCUGUUUCAUAUGUUGAAGAUGGAGCAAUAGGAGAUAGGACGGAGCUAGAGCAUUAGUUACUGAUUCGAGUGAACCCAAUUACAUUUGCUUUGACUUUGUAUUGGUAUUAGAAAAUUCUUAAAUAUGCAUAAAUAUUUAAUUGUAAACUCAGUAACUAAGAUGACCUAUAAAAGCUAUGGCAAGUUCAGAACCCAUAAGCUUCAAAUACUGGCUUCACCUCUGGCAUGAGAUUCUUUGAGGAAAACUCUCUAAUAUUUGUUUUUGUUUGAAUAAUUUUUUUAUUUAAAUUAUGGAAAAUGUGUUGUUUUAGUA